AUGGCUAUUGAGAAGGAACUUUUUUCAGACAGUGGUGAUGAUGAUUGUACAACUAGGAUGAAUCAAAAUGAAGAGUUUUCCGAUACAGAUUUCUCCUGCGAUUCUAAUAAUUUAGCAUCCAAUAUAGAUGAGAUAGUAGAUUCCUUGGAUAUUGGAUUCUUUCAUUAUAUGAUCAUGAUAGGAUCCGGACUUGGCUUCGGCGGAUAUGCUGUGUGCUAUCAAACCAUUAGCUUCAUUACCAUUUCGGCGUGCGAUUUAGACAUUAACAGAAAUAACAAGGGUUGGCUAAGUUUGGCUUUUAAUAUCGGCUAUACAAUCAGUUCUGGUAUAUUUGGUAGACUAGCUGAUACUUAUGGUAGACGAAAAAUCUUCAUAAUGUCGUUACUAAUUUAUUUAGUAUGUGUGUUAGCGUGUGUAUUUGCUUAUAAUUAUAUCAUGCUUGUUAUUAUGAAUGGUUUCAUUGGCAUUGCCUAUGGUGGCAUUGCUACAGUUUCCCAUACUUAUGUUAUAGAAUUUUUUCCUCGACGUUCUAGAGGUAAAGCUGGCGCAUUUGUAUCUUCAUUUCUUAUACUUGAAAAUUUAUACUGCUCUGCCAUAGCAUUACUUUUAUUACCCCACCCAUUUCACUAUGCUAUAGGUUCUAUCAACUUUACGAGUUGGCGACUUUAUGUUCUCAUAGGUGCUAUACCAGCUUUGAUAAGUUUCUGUAUUCUCUUAUUUAUGCCUAAUAGUUUACGAUUUGUUUUAGCUAAGAACGACAAGAAAGGUCUUCGAGAUGUAUUACGCAGAAUAAAUAAAAUCAAUUCGUGUUUUACCAACACAUCCAAAUCGUAUGAAAAAGUAUCAUAUUCUAAACUAUCCCAUCUUCUUGAUUUACAAGAAAAUGAUAUCGAUAGCAAUAUUAGAAAAGAAAAGAACAGAAAUUUUAUGGAUGAUAUUCGAGAAAUGAUGAAAGAACCAAAUCGCCGACGAUUUAUAUUAUUAUCUAUAAUAUGGCUCGGAUAUUGUACCUCCGAUCAAGUAUUUACUAUGUGGCUACCGACUGUAAUGUCAUUUUAUGCGAGUGGUAAAACGUGUUGGCAUAAUCAUAAUAAGACAGAAAAUGUAUCAUGGAAUACCACAAGUCUAUUACAUAGCAUCAAUUCUGAUUGUCAAACUGGUGAUAGCUUAAAGGCAAUUAUAUUAGAUAUCUUUAUUGGCAAUCUGUUGUCAUUACCAAUUUUAAUUUUAUGCUUUUUAUUCAUUAAUCGUAUUGGUCGUAAAAGAUUAUUUAUUUGCUUAGCAUUCACCUGUGUUAUUUGUAUCUUAAUGAUUCUCUUACUGGAUAAUAGGCUUAGUGUCAUGAUCGUAGCAAGUAUCUUUACAGCGUUUACAAUUAAUACAUGGAUACCAUGUAAAAUUUGGAGUACAGAAUUAUUUCCUACUGAAUUCAGAACAACUGUUACUGGUAUUUUAUUUGUAAUAGGGCAUACUGCAGCUAUAGCAGGUCUAAUAGCCGUAAUUGCAGCUUUAUUUCUACCCGAUACAUCUAACUCUGAUAUUGGAUAG